GCUUGUAACUACAACUCUCAUCUGGUUUUACUAUAUAUAUACACACAAAAGCACCAGCCUGACUCAUUCACAGUCACGUUAAACACUGCAACAUAUACAAGGCAAAAUCAGUCAGAGGCAGUCAUGAAGGCAAUCGUGGUGCUGGCUGUUGCAAUAUUGUCUGGCUGUAAUGCCAACCUCUUCUCUGCUGAUGCACCCAAACCACAGCUGGAAGUGCUGACAGAUGCUUUUUGGGACUACAUUGCCAAGGCUACUGAAACCGCUGAUGACACCCUCCAGAUGGUCAGGAAAUCACAGUUUGGACAGGAAAUCAAUGAUCGUCUUUCACAGAGCGCAGAAAUAGCCAGCAUGUACGCCAUCACCCUGCAGGAGCAGCUUCCCCCAGCGGCCCAGGACAUGAUGACCAAGAUCGGAACAGAGGCUGAUGUGCUUAGAAAAGUGGUGACACAGGAACUGAGCUCAGUCAGAGACAAGCUGGAGCCCUACACCGAAGACAUGAAGGCCCAGAUCCAGCAGAGAGUGGAGCAGCUCAAACAGGAGCUGGCUCCUUACGCAGACUCCGAGACCCUGAAAACCAUCCUGGUGCAAAAAAGUGAAGAGCUGAAGACCAAUCUGGAGCAGAGCGUGAAGGAUCUGCAGGCUCAGCUGGGGCCUUACACUGAUGACCUAAAGCAGAAGGUGGACCGGCAUCUGCAGGAUUUCCAAGACAGUGUGGCGCCCAUGACGGAGAAGGUCCAGAUUGAGCUGAGUCAGAGAGCCAAGCUGGUGAAGCAGGUAGUAGCCCCCUACGCUGAGGAUCUGAGGGAAAAGCUGGACCCCUACACCCAGGACUUCCAGGCACAGCUUUUAUCCCUGUACCAGUCUUUUGUCGACAACCACUAAGUCAACCUCCUCUACCGCUCUAUUGUUUACCAAGAUUCUGGCCUUGUCUGGUCUACCUCUGUCUGAAGCAUGAAAUGUAAUAAUUUGGUAUUUCCUCAUGACAUAAUAUUUAUUUUGAGUCAAAGUGCAGCAACUGAAAAGCAAAUGUCUGCACCUACCAAACAUGUAUAUACAUACUUUUUACUGUGUUUG